AUGCUCUCCCCCACUCCCCCCUCUGCCUUUUCUCCUCACUCUCCUCCCUCUUCUCCCCCCCUUUGCCUCCUCUCCCCCCUCUCCCCCGCUACCUCCUCUCCCCCUCUGCCUCCUCUUCCACCUCUGCCUCCUCUCUCUCCUUUCCCCACCUCUGCCUCCCCCCCCCCCGCCUCCUCUCACCUCUGCCUCUUCUCCCCCUCUGUCUCCUCUUCUCACUGUCCUCCCUCUCCCACCUGUCACCCUCUUCCCCCUCUGCCUCCUCUCCCUUUCCCCCCUCUCCCUCCUCUCCACUCUGUGUUGUGGCCUUCAGCUGAGGCCUUGUUUGGUUCAUAA